AUGCGAAUGCACGUAAGGGCAGUAGCUAGGUAUUGCGCAUCUCCGAAGCUGGUACACUGGAAUGCAGCGAUGGAUAUUUUAGGCUAUGCGAGGAGGACGAGUCACUUUGGUAUUUCGUUUCAGAGAGGUACGGUAGAGGGAUUCAGCUUGCAGGGAUACGCUGAUGCGGACUUUGCAAGCAAGGCAGCAGACCGUAGGUCGGUAUCAGGGGGGAUCGUGACGUGUGGAGGAGGCGCUGUGUCUUGGUUUUCCAGAACGCAAAAGUGCGUCACGCUUUCGACGACAGAAGCAGAGUACGUCGCGCUAGGCGACGUAGUAAAGGAGAUUUUGUUUUUGAGGCAGAUUUGGCGUUUCAUGUUGCCGCAGGUCGGCAUGCCGUGCAUCCCCGUCUUCGAGGACAACCAGGGGGCGAUUCAACUAGCGCAGAACCCCAUCUCAAACUCGAACUCGAAGCACAUAGAUGUAGGGCACCAUUUUCUCAGAGAACUGGCAGAGAGGAAGGAAAUGUCGGUCAUUCACGUGCCGUCGCCGUACCAGCGUGCAGACUUCCUUACGAAGAGUUUGUCGAAGGAUGCUUUCGAUUCUCACCGUGAUUUUGUGAUGAAUUUGGCAUGAACAUUUUGUUGUUUUUCUGAUAGGUUGUGUUUUGGUUUUGUUUUGUUUCUCGUUUUGUUUCCCGUUUUCUUUCAUUUCCCGCGCCAAGUAUUUGUUACGCGCGAUGCAGCAUUCAUAUUCCUUUGAAUUGUUUUUCUCUCUCUUAUGUUAUUCUGGUAAAGUCUUGGUGGCAUAUCGUCUGGGAAAGACACGUCUUUUGGUUGAGAUAUCGGGUGUUAGCGAAGUUUUCAGUGAGAGACUGUUGCGAGCAGGGGGGAUGUUAGAUAUACUCGCAGCAGUAUCUGGUCGUGAGAAUCCCAGGGGAUACGUGUUGGGAAUUUCGUGUGUAGUAGGGUACCACCGGUGCAGUCACGGGGAUCCUUUUGGCGUGGUUGGUGCGAUGGAGCUUGCGUGCGUGCUGCGCACUUCUUCCCUCUCUCUCCACCACC